UCGGUUCGGAUCGGCGCAGAUCGAACAAAAUCAAAUGGAAUCGUAUCGGAGUAUGUUGCCUAUGAAGCACAAGCCGUACAACCCGUGGAAAUCAAUGGCGGCGAGGUCCAUUCAACAGGAGUUGGAGAAGAUGCAAUCCAAUCCUUCCGACGAUUUCAAGUGCCUCGCGCUCGAGUCGAACCCACGGGACUGGCAAUUUGCAAUCAGAGGCCCUAAUGGAACUGAAUUUGAGGGUGGAAUUUAUCAUGGCCGGAUCAAGAUUCCGGAGGAAUACCCACACAAGCCUCCUAUAAUCACGUUGUUGACGGAAAAUGGUCGCUUCAAAACCCAAACCGAGAUCAAUAUUUUUUAUUGGGGGCCAGAAGAAAGAGGUUCAUUUCAUUCUUUCCGAGACAUUAUGUAUGCUAGUAUAUAA